AUGUAUUUUACGAUGCGUCAAUUCUACCUGUCGUCAAUGCUUGAUCUGCCGAUGCCAGACUACUGCACAACUCGCUACACACGAAAUGAUGGAAGGCGUGGUUUGCGAAUCCAGACAAAUGAUGUUCUACGAGGCCUGGAUGCGUUUAUUGUCGACUCUCGGGAUAAAAAACGCCGAGAUUACCGUUUCAUCCAGGUCAGAGAGGGAAGUUUCAAACCAUUUGAACUUGAGCAAGACUUUCCCGGUUUCGAGGGUGUCUUUGACAAUUACGACUAUGAAGGUGGCAAGCAAAUAACCCUGAAGAAUACAAGCCACUAUCAAUUCGACAGAGACAUUGCGGACCAAGAAGAAUUCCUGGAAUACUCCCUUACCAUCAAGGCGAAUGUAUGGCAACACUAUACGCCUCACCAGAUUGAAAACUCCGACUACGAAUACGACUAUUUUAUCGAAAUGGAUCCUGGAGAGCUUGGCUACAGAGCUUUCCUUUUGAAUGCUCAGUUUCAGGGUUCUUUCGAUGCUUAUGGAUGGUGGGAAACGACUUCCGAAGUCCAGUUCGCUGACAUCGACCACGAUCCCUUCGAAGACUGCGAAGGAAUAAAUUGCUACGGAACUCUUGUGUAA